UAAGUUAUCAAAGAAAGUACUCAUGAUUAAUGCAAGUAAUACUAAUAUAUUCUUUCCAAUUAGAAAUAUUAUUCAACUAAACUAUUUUAGGAUGUACAAAAGGUAAAAUGUCAAAUUUUAAUUUCUUAAAUUAGAAUAGAGUAGUAUAUAUAGACUGCAUGACUUUUAACAACGCGACUACUAAUUUUGGAAAAAAUGUUUAUUAGCACGGAUUAAUCUCUUUAGCCAAUCGGAUGAAAGAAAUAGCUAUAUUGAUUAUAUGAAUAAUAUGAUCGAUGAAAUAUAAUGUGGACAUUUUACUGGCUGAUAAAGCUACACAUCUUUCUUGCUUCUAACACACGUAGCUAAAUUAAUAACCUUCAAAGCUAGCUUUCCUAGUUUAUCAAGUCAUAGUUUUACAAGGAACAUACAUUUGUACUUUCAAAAGGAGCCAUCUCUUUGCUUAUCAUUAAUUGAAAAAUAUUAGAUGCUGUUCUAAAAGAUCACAGAAACACAGAAUAUGCUGGAAUUUGCUUGUGCAAAGUGACAACUUCUUGAUUACUCAAUAAUGGUUUGGUUUCCAAAUGAAACUUGCACUCAAUGUAAACAUCUCUAUGACAAGUAUAUAUAAUAAUACUACUAUAUUGUAGUGGAAGUCUGCCUACCCAAUAACUUAGAGAUUUCAGUUGUGUGUUGUGUUGCAUUUAAAGAGUAACAUAAAGUAUUUAGCAGUUACAUAUUUAGGAGUAAUACUGAGGUUUAUGGUGGAUAAACUUGGAGGUAAUUGUACAAUGCCUUGUUUAUUAUCACAUAAUAAUGUUGUUUCCUAUCUUAUUUAUUGCUUGAUCUUGGUUGCUGGAGUUCAAGCAUGGAGUAAAGAGGGUCAUAUCAUGACAUGCAGAAUUGCUCAGAAUCUGUUGGAACCAGAGGCACUACAUGCAGUAAAGAGUUUAUUACCAGACAAUUUAGAUGGCAACUUAUCAGCGUUAUGUGUGUGGCCUGAUCGAGUAAGGCACUGGUACAAAUACCGCUGGACUAGCCCACUUCACUUCAUUGAUACUCCUGAUGAUUCUUGCUCUUUUGAUUAUACAAGGGAUUGUCAUGAUCAACAUGGUGUUAAGGACAUGUGCGUUGCUGGUGCUAUCCAAAAUUUCACUUCUCAACUUCAGCAUUACCGUGAUGGUACUUCUGAUAGACGUUAUAAUUUGACUGAGGCAUUGCUAUUUUUGUCACACUUCAUGGGAGAUAUUCAUCAGCCAAUGCAUUGCGCGCAUACUGGUGAUGAAGGAGGGAAUACUAUUGAUUUACGUUGGUUUAGGCACAAGUCUAAUCUUCAUCAUGUGUGGGACAGAGAGAUAAUUCUAACAGCCAUGAAAGAUUACUAUGACAAUGACAUGAAUCUCUUACAACAAGACAUUGAAGGAAACUUCACUGAUGGCAUAUGGUCUGAUGAUGUCUCACAUUGGACAGAUUGCAACACUCUUCAUACUUGUGUAACCAAGUAUGCCACAGAAAGCAUUAACAUAGCUUGUAAAUGGGGUUACAAAGAUGCUGAGCCUGGAGUAACUCUUGCAGAUGAAUACUUCAGUUCGAGGUUGCCUUUUGUGAUGAAACGCGUUGCACAAGGAGGGGUUAGAUUAGCCAUGAUUUUAAACAAGGUUUUUAACCAUGGUCAUCAAGCAAUGACUGCACCAACAUAAUUCAAUUUAACUCUUUGUUGUUAUCAGCAAAAGGAAGAUAUCUUAACAAACAAUCAAUAUUCUUUUGCUAACUGCACAACUUAAUUAGGUUACAUCCUUUCUUUCCCUGUCUAGGAUAAUAUAGUCUGUAUAAAAGUAUAUUCUUCGUCAAAAUUAUUCUUCAUUUUGUUAUGUACAAAUAGCUUUCCAUAAGAUCAUAUGUACUCUUUAACUAUGAUAAAUAUAAGUAUUAAGCAAUGUACAUGAAUAAAUCUAGAUUUGGGGACUCUUCUCAUA